CCAGGGUUGUUUCUGCUAAAGUAACUGGAACUUCUCUAAAUCAACUGCAGAAUGUAAGCAAGGAACUUGCUGGUUGUUGAUAAAUUGACAUGAUGUGGAGCAACAAGUCAAAUGAGGUGCCUUUACAAAAUCCAAGGCAUAAUCAAACUAAGGAUUCUACCAGAGAUCUAACUGCAGCAUGGGCUACUUUUUCUCAGACUAAGGCUGCUCUACGUCAUAUAGAGAACAAAUUGGAAAUAGCUCCUACCAGCGCGGCUGUAUUUGAUUCUGUCAUGGAUGCCAAGAAGCCCUCUGCUAGUGCUAGCAGGAAAAUAAGCAGAAAGGCUUCCCGGUCCUCCAGCCAAAAUAAAUCAAGCAAGGAGAAGGCCUCACGCAGCCCUCUUCGAGCAACCACUCUUGAAAGCAAUGUGAAAAAAAGCAAUCGUGUGGAAUUUCGUGAACCAUUGGCUUCAUACAGGGAUACAUAUAGUUCUCUGUCUUAUCACAGUUCUGGCCAACUUGAGGCCAAGCAACUGCUCUCUAGUUUGGACUUCAGCGAAGCAGAAGGGAAGACUGAAAUAACAGGCCGUAUGAGUAUGAUAUGUGACCGAGAUGAGCACGAUCUGCACAGCAGAGAUUUUGAAAGUCCAUGUUGUUCUGCUGCAGAUGAGACUGUUGUUAGGUAUUUGAAUGACCGGCCAGCAAUUGAUGCCUUGCAGAAUGAGGCAUUUCUUAAGGUUGCAGCACCUCCAAGACUGGAAGAGGAAAAAAACAGUGGCUGCAGAGGAGAUGAAAGUAGCACUAGAACUCCUCAGAGUAACACAUCCCAGGACAGUGAACUGAAAGUGUCUUCACCUUCUGCCACAAGUACUUCUAGUGCUCAUAGGCUGGAAAUCUUGAAACGGCGGCAGCAUGAUGCUAAGUUGGAGAAGCUGAAAGAGCGGAUUCGAAAGCAGUGGGAGCAUUCUGAAGAGCUAGGUGGCAGAGGGCAGCACUCGGGAUAUGCUGAGCAACCUGUCGUGAUCACAAACGUGGAGAAUGCAGUGACUCCCAAAGUCAGGAAAGUGGCAGCUGCACCUGCUGCUCCAUCAUACAGAGGUUUCAAUCCUGCUGAAACAAAGAUUCGCACUCCAGAUGGGAAGAUCUGGCAUGAGGAAGAAUUUCACAUUAGUCGGGAGCUGUAUAGAGAUAUAGCACUCCAGUUAACAGAGGAUUCAACAGUGAAAGGAAAACCUAGUGAGAGAAACAAAGAGAAAAAAGCAACCAGACCAGUGCGGAAAUUGCAAAAACUGACACGGUUGUCAAGUCCAGAGUCCAAACAAGGUGGAAACUAUGUAAUAAGUGCAUCUUCCUGGCGGGAGGGACAAAAGCUAGUAAAAAAGAUACUGGGUCCAGCUCCCAAAAUAGAACAGGACAGAAGAGCUGUAUCUAGUGACAGAACAGGACGAGAACGAACUGCCAAGUCUGGCUGUAUUGGAAGGACAGGUUCAGAUUCUAGACUGGAUGUUACCUGUAAAAGCUCUUCAAGAAGUUCUGAAAGGUCAAGAAGUAAAGUACGGUCUGAGAAUAAUCUGAAGAAACUGGAAGCUUCUCUUCCAGAUGGUAACCAAGAAGAUCAUACCUCUGUAAAUAAGGACUUCUUGCCCGUGGAGAUACGUGGAAUUCUCGAUGACUUGCAGUUGGAUUCCAUGAGUACAAAGCAAGAGAAAGAUGUGGAAAAGCAGAAUCAGAAAUCUGUUUUGCCUUCUCAAAAUGCCAGGAGCCACAGUCCGACCAAAAGGAAACCGGACAAGAUAGCUGCUAGUGAGGAGCCUCAGGUGAUCUCUAAGAAACGUCACUACGAUACAGAUGAGGUUCGUCAGUACAUCAUCAGGCAGCAAGAGGAGAGGAAGAAGAAGCAGAAUGAAGAGAAGAAAGCACAAAAGGAGGCAACAGAACAGAAGAACAAAAGGCUCCAAGAGCUCUACAGAAAGCAGAAGGAGGCUUUCAAUAAAGUGAAGAAUGUGCCUCAUCCUGAGCCUUCAGCAGCCAAACGGUUACAGGAAGCCUAUUCUAAACUAUUGCUGGAACGUACGUUUUUAGAAGAGCCACCUCAGCUGCCUACGGUGCAGGAAACACAGCCCAGACCUGGUUAUCAACCAUCUGGGGAAUCUGACAAAGAAAACAAGGCUCAAGAGCGUCCUCCUAGUGCAUCUUCAAGUAGUGACAUGUCGCUUUCAGAACCGCAGCAGCCGCUACUGAGGAGUGAUUUGAUGGAGCCUCCGUGGGUACAGCCAGACAGGUUGAGCCCAAGAGUCCAGCUCUCUCACCCGCAAGCUCUCAUGGGCUCAAGUGGAGGCCCUUGCUCCCAACACUGGAGUCUGGAGCAGAUGGACCUUUUGUCAAAGGAGUGUGAUGCAAUGUUGGCAGGCAGGAGAAGCCAUGCUGCACCUAUGGGAUCACUGACCUUGAUGCCUCAGCCAUACCUGAAUUCACCUGCUGCACAGCAAAAUCUCUUAGUAAAACCUACUGCUAGCCAAUAUAAGAGCAAAUUAGAUCGGAUUGAAGCUUUGAAAGCUACAGCUGCUUCCCUUACUAGCAGGAUUGAAAGCGAAGCCAAAAAGUUGGCUGGGGCUGGUAUCAAUUACGGUACCAUGUGGAACUCAGACCGUGAAUUUAUGCAAGAAAACCAGGAUGAUGGGCAAUGGGCAAAGGCUGUGAGUCCUCCUGUGAGAGAGGAAAAUGAAGAUGCUUUUUCAGCCAGAAUUCAAAAAAUGUUGGGUACCUGUGUGUCUCAUACAGCCUUUGAUGACAGCCUUCCUGGGGUAGGCAACCUUAGUGAAUUUAAAAAGCUUCCUGAAAUGAUCAGGCCUCAUACUGCUGCAGUUAGCCUUGGAAUGAGGUCCCCCGCUGCUAACAGGCAUGAGGGGAUACUAGGACAUUUAUCCAAGAGGCAGACUGACUCCCCAGGGUGUGAAAACCAGGCUUACGCUCCAAACAAAGCUGUCAUUCCUCAUGAGUCCAGCAUCGACUCCAUCAGCGAAGGGCCUCUCCUGAGUGACAGAAGCCUCUCUGAAGAGGAAGGAAGCCAGCACAAAGAGUUGCCACUGAAGAUGCUGGAGAUGUUAAAAGAGAAGGAUUUCUGCAUUCGGGAGAGAAAUGCUUUUGAGCCCAUAAAGGAGUUUCAGAAAGAAGCUGAGAAGUAUUUGCCACUUCUUACUCAGACAAGUGGCGCACACAGCAAGGGGCCAUGGGAGGAACUGGCGAAGGGAAGUCCCCACAGUGUCAUAAACAUCUUUGCGAAAAGUUAUCAGCUUCAUGGAAAAGUGUUUGAUGAAAGGUCAAAUGGAGGGUCUGCCCUUCUGCGCCCUUUACUCCCUGCCAUGAGCCCUCCUGAGAGUGUGGUUUCUUACGAAGAUGAUUUUGCCUCAUCGCAGGGAAGUGGCACUUUAACAGACAAAAAGAUUGCACGUGACCUCAGUGUUGCUGGCAGCAGUAAUUCAAGCAUUCAGGAAGAAGUUCCUAGUAGGAAGUCUCCCCAUGAACCUCGAUCUGUAGAGCUUGCUUCUCAGCAUUCAUCUGGACCACGGUCUGCAGCAUCUUCUCGCUCAUCUGCUUCCUCUAAAAAGAAGGGGAAAAAGGAACGGUUGGACUCUUUCAAUGGAAGUUCUCACCACUUCCCUGUGGAAGAAGAUAAAAUGCUAUCUGAAUUAGAGUGGGGAUCCCAACAGACAAAGAAGUCCUUAUCAAGUAGCAGAAUUUCUAGUAAAGAUCAUGAGCAGAACCCAGAUACAGACAGCACAUUAGAAAACUUGUCUGGACACUCCCUAAUGAGUUUCUCGGACAAGGGGAGAUCCCAGAAGACACCGACUUCUUCCCCAUCUCCUAGUUCCCAAAAAAUGUUGCAGUUUGAUUCUAUAGGCAAUACAGCAGAAAGGGUCAAGUCACCUGCUGGCUUUCCUGGAAGUACAGCAUCAGGGCUGAAGCCUAACGUAGCCUUCCCUGACUUGAGUCUGGGAACUAGUAGGUCUGUAGCAGGAGCAGCCUCAGCGAGUGGAUGUAUGCGCUUCUCCCCUGCUGGUCUUCAGCAUCGUUUAUCAGCAGAAUUGAACUACCUUAGUGCUAUUGAGGAGUCUGUGCGACAGCUUUCAGAUGUAGAACGAGUACGAGGCAUAUCACUUGCACAGCAGGAAAGCGUUUCUUUGGCUCAGAUUCUAAAGGCACAGCAGCAGCGCCAUGAACGGGACUUAGCCCUUUUGAAAAUCAAGGCUGAACAAGAAGCUUUAGAAAGUCAGAGACAACUGGACGAGGCAAGGCAGAAGGCAGCUCAGGUAAUGCUGCCCUUCAAAAAAUGUGGAGUGUGUAAGAGGCAAAAUGCUGUACAUGCGGAGUCACUACAGCAUCUCGUCCAGUCACGGCAGGAGGCUGUACAAGAGACCCCAUGUAAGGCUGCAGCCAAACAGGCAGAAACUGCAUCUCACCAGAUCCAUGAGAUGACAGAGUUAGCACGAACCCAGAUCUCGGAUACUGUCAGCGCUCCAGCUGCUCCAGUCACCACCUUGUUUGACCACCAGCGGCAGCAUCAUUCAGAGUUCAUGAAGCAACUGAGAGCCCGAGCUGAUACAAACAGGAAAUGUGAGUACACUGCCAUGUCACAAGGUAAAGAGGAGCCAGGUGACUCGAAACAGACAUACUCACUGAUGUUUGAUAGUUAUUCAGAGUCCUCAAGAUCAAAGGUUCAUGAUCAAAGUAGUACCAGCAGCCGCCAAGAGAGUCCUUCAGUUCCAUCUUCCAAGGAGAAUGAGAAGAAGCUUUCCCGUCGUGAAAAGAUAACUAGCAGUAUUGAAGAACAGGCUCAUACUGGUGUGGAUGAUUCCUUGCCAAGCGAUAGUAUUUUAUCAAUGCCAGAUGAAAAAGAUUCUGCUUCUGUUGCAACAGAGUAUUCCCUGAAAUUUGAUGAGUCCAUGACAGAGGAUGAGAUUGAGGAGAAGUCUUUUCGGUCUUUACUGCCCUCUGAGAGUCAUCGCAGAAAUAACUUGGAGAAGAAACGGGGUAAUCGUGAUGAUUCUGACGAGGAGGUCUCCCCAGAAAAAACAGCUCUGUCAUCUAUCAAGGAGCUAAGCAUGCCAUUCUCAGGGGGGCAAGACAGUUUCUCUAAAUUUACCAUGGAGAUGGUAAGACAGUACAUGAAAGAGGAGGAAAUGCGAGCAGCUCACCAGUCCUCACUGCUUCGGCUCCGGGAGAAGGCUCUGAAAGAGAAGACCAAAGCUGAAUUAGCUUGGCUGGAACACCAGAAGAAGCAUUUGCGAGACAAGGGAGAGGAUGAUAAGAUGCCUCCUAUUCGAAAGAGGCAACGUGGUCUGCUGCUGAGAUUACAGCAGGAAAAGGCAGAAAUUAAGCGUCUUCAAGAGGCUAACAAGGCUGCUCGGAAGGAGAGACAGCUGAUCCUUAAACAGCAGGCGGAAAUAGAACGAAUCCGUCAGACUACAAUGAAACUGCAGGAAAAACUGAAGUCUGCAGGAGAAAACAAGCUGGAACUUCACAGUGAGGAUGAUAUCAAGCAGAGCAAUGGUUCUAGCCCACUUCCAACUGAUGCAGAAACACGCAGCCCUUCCCCAAUCUCAAUCUCCAGCAGUGAGACUAGUAGCAUUAUGCAGAAACUUAAAAAAAUGCGCAGCAGAAUGGAUGAAAAGUUCCUAACUAAGCGGGAACAGAAGCUGAUGCAGCGUCGACAACAUGCUGAAGAAUUGUUGGAGUGGAAACGCCGUCUGGAUGCAGAGGAAGCAGAAAUAAGGCGGAUAGAAAAGCAGGCUCUAGCUGCCUGGGACAAAGAGCUGCUCAAAACCAAAAUAGGCAAGAAGGACCUGGGGGAUCAGAGAACUGAGCCCAGAGAAACGGCUAGUGAAGAAGAGUCUCCAGUGCCUUCUUGCUCUCAUCUGAACAGUGAAAGCUCUAUCCCAGAAGAUCUUGGCAGUCCAGCUGCUGAAUCUGUCCCAUCAGAGACUAUGGGCCAUGGACAGCCAGAAAGCCCAGAACAGAGUACAACUAAUGAAGAAAUGGUUUAUUCUGAAGAGUUCAAGUCCUCUACCUCACCUGGCAAGCUUUCUCCUCCCAAAAGCAGCAUAUCUGUAUCAAAGCAAGAUUCCAGCAAAGGCAGCCAUAGAACUGGAGGACAGCUGCGUUCACCUGUGAAGUCUCAUCAGAUACCUCACAACUGGUCUGAUGAAUCUUUAUCUAUGACACAGUCAGAAACCACAUCUGAUCAAAGUGACAUUGAAGGACGGAUCAGGGCCCUGAAGGAUGAACUACGGAAAAGAAAGUCUGUGGUUUACCAGCUGAAAAAGGAACAGAAAAAGAGACAAAAGGAGAGACUGAAGGCCCAGGAAGCCAGUUUGAUCAAACAGCUGGAGGUUAGGAACAGCAGGAAGAAGGGCAAAUCAUAUGAUGAGUUUAUCAAGAAGACUGAAGCGGAGCUGAGCCAAGACCUGGAGGCAUCACCAACAGCCAAACCUCAGAUUAAAACUCCACCCUCAGCUGCUGCUGAAAAACCUAAGAUCAAGGCACCACCGCUUCACAGGCCUGAGACAGCUAAAAACUGGAAAUCACUGGCUGAAUCAGAGCGAUCCAGAGCAUCUUUGGAAUCCAUUUCAGAGCAUGCAGAUGCUGUGUCAUCAAGAACUGAGAGAUCAGUGUCUGUGCACAUCAAGAAGGUGGCUGUGACAGAUGUUCAUGCAGAAGAACCUUCUGGAACAUCUUCCUCUGUUUUAAUGUCACCUAGGAGUUACAGAGCAGGAUCUGGUGACUCCUUAGAUAAUGUACCCUCAUCAUCUCUUCUCAAAGACGUGAAAGACAUUAGCAGGAUAUCCUGUGGGUCUAUGAACAAUGUGGUAAAAGCAUCCAAUGAUGAGGCUGCAUUCAGUCAUAAAUCUGAGAUACAGGAAGACUUGGAAUACAUAAAGUCUGAGGAAUAUGAGAUUGAAGGUUCUCAUGUUAAGCCUUUGGAGAGUUCUGAUGUCUUGCUGACAUUAGAUAAAGAACAGGAGAGCUCAUUGGACAUCCUUCCAAAGAAAGUCCUCCGUUCUGAAAAUGAUCACUCUCAGAAGGGACUCUUCGGUUUGGCUGUGGAAAUUCUUCAUGGUACAGAAGAAAUCUUAGAACAGAGACUGGCAGAUAAAGAUGCUGUAACUGGCCCAAGUGUGGAAGAGUCUUCUCACAAACUGAGCAAAUCAGCGGAGGAAAAAGGUUAUCUGCUUUCAGAACAACUCUUUAGUCGAAAGGAGCCAUCAUACCUUGAAGACUUUGAAGCAUCCUCUUCCAGAAAACAAGCAUCAACUGAAGAAACACUUCCUGGGGAACAUUACAAUGAUGACUUGGAAGCAUCUCUUCUCUCUCCUAAUGGGGAUGCUCAGUCACUGACAGAGCGGUCACAGCACACACAGACCAGCAGAAGCAGAUCCACCAGCCUUGGCAGUGAUGGCGAAAUCAGUGAAUACCUUAGUGACAAGUCUCUCUCUCUCUCUGGCAGCAUGCAUUCAGAGAGGUUAUUAGAACUUAAGUCCCCAACAGAACUUAUAAAAAAUACUGAACGCAGAGAUGUGGAGCAAGAACAGGCCCCUACUGAAUCACCGCUGUGGGCCUCUGUUUCAAUCACAGAAGAAACAGAUAGUUUGCCAAAUUUCAACAUUGGUGAUAGAGUACUUGUGAGUAAAGUCCAGCCUGGAACAUUGCAAUUCAAAGGCCUGACUAAGUUUGCUAAAGGGUUUUGGGCUGGUGUGGAGUUGGAUAAACCUGAAGGGAACAAUAAUGGAACUUAUGAUGGUAUUAAAUACUUUGAUUGCAAAGAAAAGCAUGGUAUUUUUGCUCCUCCUCAAAAAAUCUCUCGCAUUACAGAAAGUAUUGAUAGCCUUUUAGACACAAAUAAGGAUGAAGACUCAUCCUUUGAUGAUAGGCUGGAGAAGCAACACAAAGCUGAGCAGAAAGACAGACAAAGUUCCAAACCUGGCAAAGAGGAUGAAAGCCAGAGCAGAGAUGUAAGAGAGAACUAUUCCCAGGAUAAAGCUCCUGUGGACACAGCUGUUUCAGAAGCCUCAGCUGAGGAAAGAAUUGAUGAGGAGUCAUCUCCUAAAGCAAACAGCAUAAAGAAGAUUUCUGUAGCUACUGAAUCACUUGCCCAAGAACAGUCAGUGGUGGAUUAUCUGAAGCAUGCUGUAAAAGAGGAGGCCAGCCUUGCUCCUCUCAUUUCUGGUGUUGUGGAUGAGAUUUCUACUGUUCAGUCGGAUGACAUCUCAGAUUUCCUUUCUGAAAAACUGGAGAGACAAAAGACACUGGGGGAAGAAUGUGCUGAAAAGUUAGAUGAUCUCUCUCCUGGAGUUGUGGAGAAGCCUGCAACUCCACUUCUGGAUUUGCUGACAAAAGAAAAGAACCAGUUAGAAGCCCAGCUUAGACUACCACUUAGAGAGGAAGAAAAGUCAAAAGACCAACUGGAAAAGGUCAGUUUGCUGACAGACAGUCUACUUAAAGAUUUUGUGAAAGACACAGUCAAUCAGUUACAGCAAAUAAAGAAGGUCAGGAAUGAGAAAAUCCAGCUCAGCAACCAGGAGCUCUGUGAUGUGAAGGAGGAAUCCAGUAUCCCAUCCCAGCAGGUAGAAAAGCAGAUUCCUGACGGACUGAACAACUUUUUUCUAAGUUCCGAUUUGGAAGAUGAAAGAGAAGAACUUUCUUCUCCAGACAUGUGUCCCAGACCAGAGAGUCCAGUGUUUGGUGCCAGUGGUCAAGAAGAGCUUGCCAAGAGACUGGCAGAGCUGGAGCUCAAUCGGGAGUUCCUGAGUGUGCUGGGAGAUGAUCAAGACUGGUUUGAUGAGGACUAUGGCCUGAGUUCCCGUAAGGUUCAGCAGAAGCAAGCUGAGGAACCAGCAGUGCUGCCCAAGGUAGAACCACAGAAAGUGCCAACAAAGCCAUGUGAGGAGCCUUUGGCAGUCCCUCAUACUGCGGUGGAGGUGGAAGGUAUGGUGCAUGCAGCAGCUGAGGAACUCUGGAAACUGAAAGAGUUGGGUCAUGAUCUUCAAAGUUUCAGCCUUCAUACACAUCUUAGUAGUACCCUCAAAGAGCAGGAUACAGACACGAUCAACAAGCAGGUUUAUAAAAAGGUGGUAUUUGAUUUAACAAGAGAGAUCUUUGGGGAAAUCUUUGCUGAGGAUCCUAAUCUAAAUCAGCCUAUUUGGAUGAAACCAUGUAGGAUUGCAUCUGCUUACUUUCGCCGAGUAAAAGACCCAAAUGAUCUGGAUGAAAUUAAGAGCUUCAUUGCAGCUGAAGUACUGAAGUUGUUCAGCCUGAGGAAGGAGCCUAAUCACAAAACAGACUGGCAGAAGAUGAUGAAAUUUGGGCGGAAAAAACGAGACCGAGUGGAUCAUAUACUGGUGCAGGAACUUCAUGAGGAAGAAGCACAGUGGGUGAACUAUGACGAGGAUGAACUGUGUGUAAAGAUGCAGUUGGCAGAUGGGAUCUUCGAGGCCUUAAUCAGAGACACUGUUGAUGUACUGAACCAGAUAAAUGAGAAACAGCGGAGAUUGCUGCUUGUCUGACAGUGCUGAAAAUAAACUUACAGCUACGUAACCACUGAGUCACGGGUCUUUCUGACUCCUGACGUGCUCUCCACCCUGCAAGUGCUGCUGCUGGACUUCCAUGCGUGGGGCUUAAAGGCAGUUCAGAUGUGAUUAAAGGAACCUGAAUUUGCAUCCGCUGCCACUAGAGACCUUGCACCAGAUUUAUUGUUUGGAACAAGCUGAUCCCUCACUCGAGGCUGCAUUGUGAAGCGCUCAAGACUGUUCGUGUGCCAAUGCAGUUAUGCCACAUAACUGUCAGCAGCUGUCUGGGGCUCCGGCCUGGGGCUUUGACAUGGUCAGCUUGUUCUCUGAAAGGGUUGGGUUAAGUUGGGAUAUUGGCUGUUUUGCUGGAAUGGCUGUCAGCCAUCAGUACUCAUCUUGUCUUUAGAAAUGUGAGUAACUUGGAGAAGAAACGGUUUGAUCAGGUUUUAGUCAUAAAUGGAGACUUACCGUACUGAACAGUGUUAUAAUCUUAACACACCUUCUCCUGCAGCCCUAACAAUGUGCAUCAGUUUCUUCUGCUCCAGAGCCCAUUUAAUUCCCUUCUCUGUGAAGUUGGUUUUCAUCUUUCUUCUGUGAUGUGGUACCAAGUAUGGUGCCAGCUAGUCCAGGGAAAUUAGAUGAUGUUGCUUUCUGUAUUCAAGUAAAGAAUUCUUGCUGCUUUUCCUACGUAGCUUGCUUCAGUCCUGAGGUGGAGCAAGAUAAAGGCCGCCUAACGUCAAGUGUGAAAGAUGAGCCCGUGGACAACUUUCUUCCUACCAUGUAGCACUUCUCUUCCUGGAGCACCAGCUGCUCCCAGAUAAUGGAUACUCAGGAUUUUCUCAGGCACGAGACAUGCAGGAGUGGAAAACAUUUCCUCACAAAAAUUUGGCCUUCAAUCCCUCAGCUUCUUCCCUUACUGUCACCUAAUAAAUCAGAGAAGCUGUUACUUGAAAAAUUUAGAGAACAGAGUGUAUUCACCAAAGAAAGCGGUGUCCAGUGCUUGACUGUCUGCAUGUUUUGUGCUUGUGGGUUUUUUAUUUAUUUUCAGAUAAUUUAUUAAGUGGGUUAUAGGAGAGUGUCCUGUGCAGUUGGCUGCACUGUCUUAUGUUUUGGGACAGCCGAACUUGAGAAAGCAUCUGUUCUGGAAACUUUCAGAGCCCUGUAUUCUUCACACAAAACCUCCAGCUUUUCAAGGCAGAUACAGGGAGGGGAAGGUAUGAAGAACCAAACCACAGUGACCAGGGGUGGGAUGCGAAGGCAGGACUAGGAAUGGCGCUUCACCACACUUGGUUCAGAAACAAUGGAGAGUUGAGGGGGCUGAGCUGAAAAAUGAUGUGAAAAUUCUCUGCUCCAUCUGUUUCCUUUCUUUCACAGAACUUCUAGGCCAUCAGCAGCUGUUACAUGGUUGAUUUGGUGCUGGGUUCAACUGCAGUGUCCUUCUGCUGAGUGCUUGUUCCUAACCUGUCCCUCCCAUUCUUGUGUUUUCCUUGGAGGAACACAAUCUGGGGUCAAACAUUGAUGCCUUAAUAGUGGAUGUCCCUGUUUGCUAACCUGGGACAAGACCCAGAGGAGAGCCAGAUUCUUCAGACACACUGGAGUGCAGAAAGACACUUUGAAGCCCUCAGAGGUGCCCCAGAGAUGCUGCAGCCCACAAUAGGUGUGGCAGGGAGAUCUGGACAAUUUCAUUCAUCUGCUUGGUUCUUGGGCUUCCUGCUAUAUGUACCUCUGCUACUGCUCCAUUCUGUUUUCUCUUUUCCACCUUUUUUUUUUUUUUGAAAGCUAUCAUUGGAAUAUUUGCAUUUUGCACAAUGACACAUAGCUGGUAAUUCUUCAGGGACAGCACUGGGAAACGUUGGAUUUGUCAGAGGUCCAUGUAGAUUCUCAGAUGUAGUAUUGCCAGCACAUCACUUGUGAGUUAAUGGUGAGCCAUAUUCAUGGGAGCUUAAUGAGCAGAAGAACAAGGAGGAGGUAAUGGUGUCUAGGAACACCUCCAAUGGGCAUAUGCAUGUCUGUCCUGCAGUAGUGGCCCUUCUGGCUGGCUGGAAGUCAAAUGGUCUUGGUGGAACAUUGUUCAGCAUUUUUUCCUAAGUGAUUCACUUAUCCACGUAAAAUGUUAUGAUGCUGAACCAGGAAACUCUUGAAUGCUUAAGAUAGAAGCAAACUAAAGCUGCUACAUUUAACCAGCAUGGUGUCACUGAUUGGGUCACCACCUCAGAUUCCCUUUCCUGGGUGUACCUUUUUCAAUAGCAAGGAUUGCGAUUUUUGUGGGUAGCAAUUACGGAAAGAAGGCAGAAACCUGCAGCAUAGGUUUGUAGCUGGAGUAUCAGAGAAACAAAGUUAGUUUCUGUUCUGUAGAUAGCGUGGUCAGUGUUGAGUAGGUCGCCCUGCAUCCCCGAGGCUUUUCGGCUGUUCUGCGGGGCUGGCAGGGCUUUUCUGGUUUGUCCACCAUCAGGAAGAAGGUUGUACAGUUGGCCUGCCAGGGUAACAGGGACCAUUGGAGAUUGUAUGCCUGUUGUCUUGCUGGCUUGGAUAGUGCUAGUUUGGUACCCUCAACAGAAGUAGUAACUAUUUUUACAGCUGUUUGGGCAGAAGGAAGCUGUGUCUAAGUAAUGGCUUUAUUCCUUUGCAAACAUCACCGUUUAUUUUUGGUAGCAGUCCUUGCUAGGAGCAACCCUAAAAAGACUUGAACGUACAUGAAUUAUCUUCUCAAUACCUCAAGUGUGUUGAGUUGCUUUGAGUUGAGUGUAUGCUCAAAACCUCGAGUGUGUUGAGUACUUGUGGGCUGAUGAUUACCGUGGUGAAGUAGUGGUCUGUCUGGGUCGCAGCUGGUAACGAGGAGGUAUGGGGAAGCCUGGAGUCACACAAACAGGCUGAAUUCUCUAUUUCUGUCUUCUCCCCAACCUUCCCUUUGUAAGAACAAGAUGGUAUUUCUGGGUCCUUGUUAUCUUGGUGCAACCACGCUAGAAGAUUCAAGGCUGAGAUGGUUUUUUUUGAGACCCAUGAGCUGUUCGGGGCAGUGGCUGUCAUCACUGGGGAGAUGUGGUUCCCUCUUUGGAAGGAUCUUGAUGCCAGAUGGGAAAGCCCAGGCUUGAGAGGACAAGCAGCGCGAGUACCUCUCUCACAGCAGGAUGCUUCCUGAGCCAUGCUGUGGAAUAUCAGUACUUCUGCCUUUCAGAAAAGGCUUGUUGCUCACAAGGUGGAAUGAGGGAUUGAAAAAAUCCCAUCUUGUUCACUUUCCUUUCUUGAAAAAGUGGCCUUAGCUUUUUGCAAUACUUGAAUAAGUGUGUACCUGCAGAAGAUCUUCAGUAGCACAGUGAUAGAGACCUUUUAAGUGACUAUUCUGUGAGGAACUGCAUGCAGUUCUGACUUUAAUAAUCCCUUUGCUACAUUAAGAACAUUAGGAAAAUAAAGUACUUUUCAGCAGAGAAACAGUUGAAUCUUAUAAGGUAUUUAGUGCAUCUGAAGUGUUUACAAAUCAACUAAAAUGGAGAAAAGCAAACUAUUGAACUUAUUUGUAAUUUAAACGUUAAAUGCAAAAUUAUAUACAGAUGAAAGAGGAAUACUGUAAUUAACCUGCAUUUACUAGUUUUUUCCUUGACUUUGCAGAGCCUUUUGAUAUACAUUUGCAAAGCCGCCUUUUGGGAGGCUCCGUCUCCCUGUGUACUGUGUUGUGGAGAUGCUGAAAAGAAACCCGUUUACUGUGUAUGUGUAAAUAACCUGGUAACUUGGUUUUUGGGCCAGUUUCAGCUAAUGUUCACAUCCAGAGCAGCUUUGCACAGUAGACAGACCCAAGGAUGUGGAGGGUUGU